UUUUCUAAACAAAAUUUAUUUCAGAUGACCUAUGCAUAAAAUGAGUCGAAAAAAUGGAGGAUUACCUCCGUUGCCGCCAACACCGUCGGACAAAUAUUCACCCUCUCAGUACUCACCAAGCCAGGCGACAUCUCCUUUAUCGGAGGACGAGGUUGAUAUCCCUCUUCCACCAACAGCCUCCAGGCCUCCAAAGCAGGUUCUUGGAAGUGAUCAAGCGAAAAGACGACUCCAUGCCUUCAAAAGCCAGAAAAUGAUAAAGGCGGUGAAGGGGAAGGUUGCGGAUAUAUUUGCAGAAGACGAGGACGAAGAACAGACUGAGAAACCUACUAAGAUCGAGAGAAAAGUAGAAAUCAAGGUGAAAGAUAAUAGAACAGGGAUAGAAAGAUUGAUGCAGGAAGAGUUGGAGUUGAAAGAGAAACAAAUCAUCCUGGCUAAGAAGGCAGAAGAAACAAAUAGACAAAAUGAAAUUAUUAGACAAGAGGAGAAAGAGAGGAAAAAAGAAGAAGAAAAAAAAAGAGAAGAAGAGAAGAGAAAAGAGGAAGAGAAGAAAAAAGAAGAAGAUAAAAGAAGAGAAGAAAAAAGGCGAGAAAGAGACGAAGAAAAACGUAAGAUGGACGAAACACCCAAAAAGAGGGAAAAAGAACGGAAAAAGGACGAUGAAGAUCUUCGAGAGGUUCUGGAGAGAUUGAAAAGGAAGAAAACUCCAGCAGAGAAAAGAUCAGACAGAAGUAGUCAAAGGGAUAGGGACGGAUCAGGAGAUAGAGAUUUACGGAGAUACUCCAGAGAUAGGGGCGAUCAGAGGAGACGGAGAGGAGAGAGUAAGGACAGGAUCCGGUCGUCUGGUAGAAAGCAGGAUAGAAGAGAAGAUGAUUUAAAGACUAGAGGGAAUUCUGGAAAGAGAGGAUCCGACGGAUUAAGGGGCCGGAGCGGAGAUAAAUCUAAGGAAAGAAAACGUUCUCUGGAAAAGAGAGAACGAACAAAUGAAAAGGAUGCUUUGAGUAGUGCGGAGAAACCAAGGACUAAAAAUGAGGAAAAAAUUGACCUCAAGGUUGAUUCGGACGAAUCUCUCAAGAAAAAUCUCUUUCCUGAAGAGAACCAGGCUGAGAAGUUAGAAGAGAACGGACUGGAGAAAGAAAAAAAUAAAUCUCCUAAAAAGAAAGGUUUGAAAAGGGGGCGGAGCAGUGAUCAAGAAUCUCCGGUCAAACCUAAACCAACGUCUAUGCUGGAGAAGGACGGGAAAAAUGAGAUUAAAAGUCCAAAUAAGAAGAAGAAAAAAGAGAACAACCAAACUUCCACUACUGAUCUAAACAAAACCAUUGAAUUAAAUUCUACCCAGGAUACUUCCUUUGAUUCCCAAGAGAUAAAUUUCGCGGUUAAACCUGCAUCUGACGCAGAUUACUUUGAAGUGAAAAAUGUAGACAGAAACCUAGAUUCAAGUAGAGAGCCAGGGUUUAUGCUUGUCUUUCCUUCUCAUCUUAUUCAGGAGACGUCGAGCUCCGACCAUUCAAUUAAAUGGAGUUGGAAUCCUAGUUAUAAUAGAGACCCGGAGAGAGAACGUCUACUGCGAGCAAGUGUAGACUCGGCUCUGAGUGAACUUGAACAUGAGGUCAAGGCUAAACGUUCUAAAUCACAAGAAGAAGAGGAUUCAGAAAAACCCAAGAAAAAGAAGGAAAAGAAAGAAAAGAAAGAAAAGAAGGAAAAGAAGAAAGCUAAAGCAAUAAAGAAACUUGAAAAAGUGGAAAAAGUUAAACAAUUGCUUGAAAUCUUGAAAGAAAGGAAUAAAAAGCUAAAGAAGAACAAGAAAAAGUUGGGAAAGAUGAAAAAAGAAAACGGAUUGGAUGCAUCUAUUAAUAAAUCUGACGAAGCUGAGGUUGAAGACCAAGAUUCUGAAGAAUUAGAUGUUUCCAAUACUUCAGAACCUAAGAAACUUGGAAAGAAAGCAAAAGCUGGUAAACUAGCUAAAACUACCAAGAAAGGUAAUAGGAAGAAAAAAGAAGAGUCUGAGAAUAACAAAGUUGAACAGAAUCAAUUGAUUGAAGAUGAGAAAAGUCUUGUUGAGAAAAUUGAAAAGAAGGAUAAGGUGGAGAAGGAGAAAGUUCAGAUUAGCAACGACGUUGCUCCUCCCUUGUCAAAGGCUGGAAUAAGUAAAUUAUUUGAACUAGCUGGUUAUUCUAAUCCUCUACAAAGCAAACCUACUAUUACUCCGGUAAAGGAAGAGACUCGAGAAGUAGCAAAAGCUUCUCCGCUGAAAGAACGGAAUAGUGUGAAUUCUAGCAUCCUCUCGGAGCUUUCCUUCCCAGUCGAUAAAUCUCCGUCUAGGACUCUCAAAGACAAACUUAGUGUCUCACCCAACAGUGAUUCCAAUUUUGAUCCUGCUCGAGAUGUUUCCAGAUCCACUCUAGACGAUACCUGCUCUCCCCUACACCAGGACGAUAGAGAAACCCCGGUCAAAGAUGAAUUAAACAGGAGUAGGGAGCGUGGACCUAGAACUCCUAGUCCUGGGUUAAAGUAUCCUAAGAUGAGGGAUAGUAGGUCUCCGACCAAGGUUCCAAUCAUGAGAGAUCAGAGGAGUCCUCUACACUCUGCCAGCAGACAUGAUGGAAAUGAUAGUAGUCCUAGACGAACAUAUAGCCCUUACUCAGAGAAGGGUGGUGCUGCUAAGAACGAUAGAUGGUACGGUUCUCCCGGAUAUUCUGAGGAUAGGACAAAGUUUGAUCAUGAGCAGGACAGAGCUGAACACGGACGGUCCAGAGGAUGGGACGAAAUCAACGAAAAGAGUAGAAGAACCCCUACAGGUGAGAGAACGAGUGUUGUCACAGGAGACUAUCUGUAUAGUCCGACAGAAGCUUUCCAAGAGUCUGGUUUUCAGGAUAGAAUUCAAAGAGAUCAUUUAAGUCCAAAGCGUCUCAGUCAGGCAGUUAGUCCCAGAAAAAGAUCAGAUCAGCCUUCAACCAGAAGCCCAAGGGGUUAUCAUAUCAGUCCUCACUCUGUUCGUAGUCCUCUGGACUCUGCCAGGGACCCUGGUUAUAGACAUCCCAGUCCAAGAUCUCGUAGGAGGUCCUCACAAAGUCCUAAUUAUCCGGGUCCAAUAGAAGAGUAUCCAGAAACUCGGUCCAGAAGUCCUUAUAGGGUUGAUUUUAGCCGAGCCCGGGAGCUGGAUUCAUCUCGAAGUCCCAAAAGAUGUAUUCCUCUCAGUUCUGAUCCAACCCAUGAUCCCAGGCCGAGGUCAUUUUCUCCAAACCUUAGGAGACUGAUGGACACAAGAGCUUACACUCCUGACCUUAGAGGACCAAGUCCUUUAAGAAGACGGGUUUCACCAAUAUCUGAUAGAUCUAAGGAACGUCCUUUAAGUUCUAGGGGAUAUAGUCCAAGAGUUGAAAGUUCAGAAAGAAGAGGUGAACGAUUACAUUCUGCUGAUAGAAGAAUAUAUAGUCCUGGUAGGAGUCCAAGGAGAUCAGAUUCUAGAAGAAUAAGUCCUGGUCGAAGUUACAGAAGUCCACCUCGAAGAUAUAGUCCGAGAAGAAGUCCAGGACGGAGAAGUCCAGGAAAAGGUUCUCCAAGAAGAGGAAGUCCAAGAUGGAUAAGCCCACGACGGAGCGGUGCAGGAAGAAGUCCAAGACGAGAUGGAUAUGAUAGACGUAGUCCAGGACGGUAUGGAAGUCCCAGGAGUAAUUACAGAUAUAGUCCGCGUAGGAGAAGUCCCUAUGGCGAAAGAUAUGAUUCAAGAAGUCCACGUCGGAGUCCAGGAAGAGGAAGUCCUAGAAGGUAUCGUAAAACUCCCAGUCCAGGAAGACGAGGACCAUCACCCUAUGGGAGACGCAUUAGCCCGGGUAGGCGUCGCAGUCUAUCACCUAGAAGACCAAGUCCUCGCCGAUUUAGUCCAAAUAAGUCCAUACCGUUGAGUCCACGAGGACCUUAUGGACCUGAUCGUUCAGCAGUAGAAGAAUAUGGACGAUAUGUCAGUCCACGAAGAGUGGUUAGACCGGACAGUACAAGCACUGUUGAAUCGGAUCCAAAGCUUCGUACUGGAUUUAACAAUUCCGUCAGAGAUCAUGAAUUCUCUAAUUCCCCUCAAAGGAUAUCAUUGGACGAGAGAUUAGAACGUGAACUGGGGUUAAAGAGGGAAAACAUGGAAAAGAUGGAGAAGAUGAUGGCUACUGGGUUACCUGCAACCAUACCAACAUAUGAUAGUAUUCCCAGCUUAGACCCAGGACCUGUCACAAAGGUUCCCGUUGUUCCACUAGAGAAGGAGCAGGCAAUUGUAGCAGCUCAGAUGGUAACCUCCAAACUAUUAGAAAUGCAGGCGGCGAAGGAGGCGGAAAGGCAGCGGCGGAAGGAGCAAAGAAUGGCGGAGAGAUUGGCAGGAAUGAAUGUUGAGCAGGGGCAGAAUAUCCUGGUGGAACAACAAAAGGUUGCAACAGGACGGAUCCUAGAGCAGGUUGAACAGCAGGAGCUGGCAACAGAGGAACUCAAGGUUAAGAAUAAGAAGAAGGAUGAUAUAAUUAAUCCUACUCUCAUCACCCUUAAACCCUUUUAUCGUCCUCAUGAGAAGAAAGGAAGAAAAAAGAAACCAGAAACUCCUCCUCAGGAGGAUUGGGAAGAGUAUUCUGAUGUUCCAAGAUCUCCGGUUCCUCUCCCAGAUAAUUCAACCUGUAAACCUGUUCUAGUUAAACUCGGGUUUGGAGUAUCUAAAGAAGCACGGAAGAAUAAAUCUGUGAAGUACCGGGACGGAAUGCUCCCAGGGCAAGGGAGUCCGGAUAGAUCUGCUCCAAGGAGUCCUAAGUCUCUUUCAGUUCCUCCAGGUUAGGAAAUUAGGAGUUCGU